AUGGCUUCACCAGUAUAUUCACACCAGAUUAUACUCCCAGAAUCCCGACAGAUUGUCCUCGUGAAAGCACGACCAGGUGAGCGUGUGCAUAGCCCUCUCGUUAUCAAUCCCUCCCCGACGCAGAUAAGGAUGUUGCAAAGCUGUGACGACAUCCUAUCUGUGUUCAACGAUGGUGGACCCGAGUAUAAAAUUCUUUCGAUGGAACUCAAAACGGAUCAAGGAUCAGUACCCGCUCUUGUACCAUUGGAUGGAUCGCAUGUGUUGGAUCAUGAAACAUGUGUAAAGCUUGCACGUUAUAUAACACCGUCUGUUAGCGCAAAGGACUUCUCGAAGGAAAAGAUUAUUGAACAUUCGGUCGAGAUUAAUGGAAACAAUGUUGAGGAUGGAGAGGAAGAAGGAGAGGUUUGUGCCAUUUGUUUGGUAGGAAUCAAGACGGGUGACGGCUUGGAACUGACAGAAUGCGAACAUAGGUAUCAUGAAGAAUGCAUUGAGAACUGGCUGCAGUUGAAGCAAAAUUGUCCAAUUUGUAGAGCGGAAAUAUGA